GCGCACCUAUCGAUACCAAAGCACGACUAUCGCCCACCUCCAGCUGCCACACUGUUUCCUGUCCAACUUUUUUCGCUCUUUCUUUCUUUUAACAGCGACUGAGUUAAAAUGGCAGUGCGCUACGAGCUGGCAAUUGGCCUGAACAAGGGCCACAAGACCACGAAGAUCAGGAAUGUGAAGUACACCGGCGACAAGAAGGUGAAGGGUCUGCGUGGAUCUCGCUUGAAGAACAUCCAAACCCGCCACACCAAGUUCAUGCGCGACUUGGUCCGCGAAGUUGUGGGCCACGCUCCUUACGAGAAGCGCACGAUGGAGUUGCUGAAGGUGUCCAAGGAUAAGAGGGCCCUGAAGUUCCUCAAGCGCCGCCUGGGCACCCACAUCCGUGCUAAGAGGAAGCGCGAGGAGCUGUCCAACAUCCUCACCCAGCUGAGAAAGGCCCAGACCCACGCCAAGUAAACGGACGGAAUCUGAUUCGGCAUCGGAAGGGAACCUGGAACGCUGUCUUGUGUUUUUAUUUGUUUCCGGUGACGUUACUUGAGAGCGGACCUAAGCAGCCCAGAAUUAAACAACAAAAAAACUUUAAAAACCCAA